UGUUGAUUUUUGUUCUAUACCAAAUCUAAACUGCGUCUUUUGAUUUACCUCUGUAGCAACGCAAGAAGAGUUAAAGGGAUCAAAUUGUUGAGGGGUUAUGUUAUGAAUCUAAAUAUUAGUUGAUAAAAAUUAAUUUAAAACAUCAUGCCUGUCCCGUCAGGAGCAUUUCAAACUUCUGGUCCAUCAUGCUUUGAUAAAAUGAAACUUGGAUUUACAAUAGGUUUCUGUGUUGGAAUGGCAUCUGGAGCUCUUUUUGGUGGAUUCACAGCACUCAGGUACGGACUGAGAGGCAGGGAGCUGGUGAACAAUGUCGGGAAGGUCAUGUUGCAAGGAGGAGGAACAUUUGGGACCUUCAUGGCAAUAGGGACUGGAAUCCGUUGCUAG